AUGUUGGACUCCCCACAACAGAGCCAAGAAUUGCAAGCAAUGAUUAAUGCUGCUGUCACAGCUACUAUGGAGAAAGUGAUGUCAAAGAUGUUGUCUCAUGUACCACCUGAGAUUUUCACCCAAACUAUGGGACUGACGCCGCAUAAUGCGGAGGGUGAUAUGGGCUCAGAGGCUUCCUCCAAGGAUCUCCAUUACCUUACUAUACUUACUAGAACCGGCCUUACAGUGCCACAUACUUGGGCAAAAGGGAAGACAUCUAUCAAUACUAGAACUAUGCCCACCGGUGUUAUCCUCGGAGGACGAUGA